ACUCAAAAACAAGAGAGAAAUACUCACAAAUUUUCAUAUCUUUAUCUAGCUAAGAAAUCAAACAUGGGUUCCUGGUCAGCUGAGAAUGCCACAAAAGCCUACCUUAAAACCUUGAAAAUGGGACACAAAGCUAAUGAGCCAGACGAAGUUGAGUUCAUAUCGGCACUAGCAGCAGGCAGCAACGCGCAACUAAUGGUGGUGGCGUGCGCCGGGGCUGCCGAUGCCACGGCGCUAGCCCUCGUGGCGGCGGCUCACCAAACCGGGGGCCGCGUGGUUUGCAUUCUCCGAGGAAACGAUGAACUCGAUCAGUCCGAGGAGCUAAUCCUCGGACUAGACCAUGCUUGUCACGUAGAGUUUGUCAUCGGAGACGCACAGCACUUGCUCUUGACACACUACAGAGAAGCGGAUUUCGUACUCGUCGACUGUGAUCUCGAGAGCCAGCAAGAGGGAAUCCUUAGGACGGUUCAAAUGGCUGCCGUCGUCAAUAAAAAGAGGCAAAACGGUGUCGUUUUUGUUGGCUACAACGCUUUCAGAAAAGGGUCCUCGUCGUGGCGAUCCAACAGUAGUAGCAGUAAUAAUAAUAUUACGGGGUGUAGAACGCAGUUGUUGCCUAUUGGAGAAGGUUUGUUGGUGACGCGUAUUAAUGGUAGUACUAAUAUUGGAAAAGUUAGCAGUGGCACUGUUAAUGGAAAAAAUACGAAUACUACUGCUCAUAGGAGAAGUCAUAGUUGGGUUGUGAAAGUUGACAAGUGUACUGGUGAAGAGCAUGUGUUUAGGGUCAAAUCUCCAAAUCAUGGUAGACAGAUUGAGGCUUAAUGAUUAAUUAUAUAUUUAGCUAUUUAGGUUAUUGAUUAUAUCAUUUAUUAUUAUAUUUAUAAAUAUAAAUAUUAUUAUAGGAUCCAUGAGUUCAUGUGUUUUACUUUUUAAGUUUCUUUCCAGAAAAAGGGGAAGAGUAUAACUUACUAGGUCAGUUUUGUUGCCAUGAUGAUACAUGGAAGUGUGUAUAUAUAAGGAAGUAUUAAUAUGUAAAUGUUUGCCAUUAAUUAUAUAUAUGAAGAAUUUAUUUACUUGAAGUGUUGA